ACCUUAAUAUAGUUGUCAAAACAACCGCCAUUCAUAUUUCUCCCGCCAAGUAGUUUCUGUAUUUCUGCGGAAGAAAGUUGUUGAUAUUGAAGAACUUUGAAGAAAAUUAGCAAUGGAAGGUUUCGAUAAUCAGCAAGUAUUUUUCAGCUCAAGCUUUCCCACAGAAAGUGAGCAUGGCGAGAGCAAUACCGCAAACAUCAACUUGCUGGCAGUCAAAAACAAGUUCAAAAACUUUAUUCGUCAGUUUCACACUGAGAAUUUCAACUACAAAUACCGAGACACCCUGAAACGGAACUACAACCUUUGCCAGUACUAUCUCGAUGUUAACAUUGAAGAUGUGGGCAGUUUCGACGAAACCUUGGCGGAUAAAUUGUACAAACAACCCACGGAACACUUGCAGAUCUUCGAGGAGGCUGCCACCGAUGUGGCAGAUGAGUUGACUGCCCCUAGACCCGAGGGCGAGGAGAAAGUUCAAGAUAUCCAGAUCACUUUCAGUUCUGAUGCCAAUGCCACUAAUUUGAGAGCCUUAAAAUCAGAGGUUGUAUCGCGUCUGGUCAAGAUCCCAGGAAUAAUUUUGAGUGCGUCCGGCAUCAAAGCCAAAGCCACCAAGAUUUCCAUCCAGUGUCGCAGCUGCAGCAAUGUGAUCCCCAACCUGUCGGUGAAACCGGGUCUUGAGGGGUAUGUGAUGCCUCGAAAGUGUGCCACCGAACAGGCCGGCCGCCCGAAAUGCUCGAUCGAUCCAUACUUCAUUAUGCCCGACAAGUGCAAGCUGGUCGAUUUUCAAAUACUGAAGCUCCAGGAACUUUCCGAUGGACUGCCACAAGGGGAAAUUCCCAAGCAUAUGCUGCUUUACUGCGAUCGGUACUUGUGCGACCAAGUCAUUCCCGGCAACAGAGUAUUCAUCCUGGGGGUCUACUCCAUUAAGAAAGUAGCGAGACCGUCAAGGCGGGAAGGCAAUGAACGAGCCAUCACUGGAGUCCGAGCAGCCUACAUGCGGGUGGUGGGCAUGCAACUAGACUCUGAGGGCAUCGGGGCGCCGGGCCUGGGCACUGUCACCUCUGAAGACGAAGAUCUCUUCAGAAGAAUGGCUGCGAUGCCGGACAUUUACAACCGCAUUGCGACCAGCAUCGCUCCAUCGAUCUACGGCUCGGAAGACAUUAAAAAGGCAGUGGCCUGCUUGUUGUUCGGAGGCUCCAGGAAGCGAUUGCCAGACGGCUUGACACGCCGAGGGGACAUCAACGUGUUGCUUCUGGGUGACCCGGGAACUGCAAAGUCCCAACUAUUAAAAUUCGCCGCUCAAGUGGCCCCAAUCGCUGUCUAUACGUCGGGAAAAGGCAGUUCUGCAGCUGGUCUCACAGCCUCAGUGAUCCGGGACCCAGCCAGUCGGAAUUUCAUCAUGGAGGGCGGCGCUAUGGUGUUGGCGGACGGCGGUGUGGUAUGCAUUGAUGAAUUUGACAAAAUGCGAGAGGACGAUCGAGUUGCAAUUCACGAAGCCAUGGAACAACAGACCAUCUCCAUUGCCAAAGCGGGAAUAACCACAACGCUGAACUCUAGGUGUUCGGUGUUUGCUGCCGCCAACAGCACUUUUGGCCGAUGGGACGAUGCAAAGGGGGACAAAAACAUCGACUUCAUGCCCACAAUCCUGUCCAGAUUUGAUAUGAUCUUCAUUGUGAAAGAUGAGCACGACCAAGCAAGGGACACGACUGUAGCCAAGCAUGUGAUCAACAUCCACAUGAACGCCGGUCAAAUAACGGCCGAACCGAAAGAAGGCGAGUUAUCAAUGGAGUUUCUAAAGAAGUACAUCAACUAUUGCAGGACGCGGUGUGGGCCUCGCCUGAACACUGAAGCGGGCGAACUGUUGAAGAGGAGAUACGUGUUGAUGCGGUCGGAAGCCAACAGGCACGAAAAAGCAGCAGAUCAGAAGAACUCGAUUCCCAUCACAGUGCGCCAAUUGGAGGCCGUCGUUCGCAUGUCCGAGUCAUUGGCCAAAAUGCAACUGUUGCCUUUUGCGACCGUCAGUCACGUGGAGGAGUCUCUUCGUUUGUUCCAAGUGUCCACUUUAGCCGCGGCUGUCAGUGGGUCACUGUCCUGUGCUGAAGGAUUCACGACCGAAGCCGACCAGGACAUGUUGAACCAAGUGGAGAAGCAACUAAAGCGUCGAUUCGCCAUUGGAACGCAGGUAUCUCAGCACACCAUUAUCGAUGAUUUUGUGCAACAGGGGUACAGCGAAAGAGCGCUACUCCGCGUCAUGCAAGCCAUGAUUCGCAGGGGCCAAAUCCAGUACAGAAUGCAGAGGCGGAUGUUGUACCGCAUCAAGUAGGGCAUUCUAGGAGGUUCUUGAACCGCCUACAGUUUUUUGUUCGAAAUUUGCCUACAGAAUUUUUGAUUAGGUUUGCUGUAUCAGCAUUUUUUCUACUUGGCGUUUUGGUUACUUACUGCGAAUAGAUCACGUUUAAUGUGAAAUAACAAA